GUGGGUCGUGGUAGUAGGAGGAGGCGGAGAGGGAGGAAGGAGGUGGGACAAGGAGUGAGAGUAGAGGGAGAAGAGGAGGAGAGGAGGAGGAGGAGGAGGGGGAGGAGGAGGAGGAGGAGGAGGAAAACGUGGACUGGAAGCAGGGAGAGGGGGGAAGGGGGGGGGUAGUAGAGGGGAAGGAAGGGGGAUAUGGUCGGAUUUAGGGAGAAGUGCAGCAUGAUGGAGCUGGAGGGAGGAGCAGGGGGAGUUGUAGGUGGUGGGGGGAGCUUAACUACUCGUCAGGGAGUGAUGACCGUAUCUGUCGGAGUGCAGGCGAUAUUGACUGCGGACACUUGCCUUCUGGAUAUGGGAGUAGGAGAAGGAAGGAAGCUUGAGGGAGGAGGAGGGGAGGAAAGUGGGAUUAGGUUGUGGAAGGAGAGAGCGUCGGAGUAUAGCGAGAGGCUUGAGGAGAGCAGGCAGGCCAACGAUGCGCUGAAACGACGUGUCAAUCAGUUGAUGGACCACGUGGAUGAACUAAGAUCUGCGCAGAGAGAGCAGGAGAAGAGGAGGCUUGAAAGGGAGAAUGAACUAUUGAGGCGAUUGGAAGAUAGCCUAGCGAGACAGGAGCAGCUUCAGGAGUUCAUCAGGGACAUGGGAGAUGAUGGGAGGAGGAGCAAGCGACACGUGGCAGGUGAUAAGGACUGGGUAAGCAGGUGCCGGGAGGACGAGAAAACGGUGGGUCAAGGAGGAGGAGGAGGAGGAGGAGGAGGAGGAGGAGGAGGGGGGGGAGAUAUGAAGCAGCUGAACAUUCGGAUUGCGGAGGGUGAAUGCUUGAGGAUAGCUCUUGAGAACUCGCCGAUCGUCGUCGCUCAUCUGGACAAAGAUCUACGGUACUCGUUCAUCUAUAACGAUGCUGCCAGCUUAAAGCGUGAGGAUAUCAUCGGAAAGCGCGAUGAUGAAAUUUUCCCCGCUGAUGUGGAAGGAGUGAAGGAGACAGUGGAGUUGCAGAAGCGCGCUCUCGAAACCGGAAAGCCUCAAAAGCAGCAGGUGGUCCUGCGCUUUCCCGGGCAAGACCCGGUCACCUGGAUGUUGACGGCAAAACCGAUUCUUGGCAGGAACGGAGAGGUAGAAGGUGUCACGACGGCGUGCCUGGACAUCACAGAGCAGGUGGAGGAGCAGGCGCAAGUGAGGGAGCGCCUUGCCGCUCUGCGGGCAGAGAUGGCUGUGCGAAAUGCGACAGAGAAGGAGCUACGAAAAGCGAUCCAACUUUCAGGCAGGUCCUUGUUCAGAAACCCAUUCCCUCCCAUUUCUACGGGCUUGGCGUGGAGUGAUAUCUUUCUUGGAGAGGAUGGAGGAGACGAUGGUGUUGUCAGUGCGGAUGGUGAAGUAUUGCUCGUCGAGGUACAGGCGCCAGACUGUGAGGGCGUGAAUCACGGCGAGGAGUUCCUUCUCGUUGGAGGGGUAAUUCAUCUUCGCGGGAAGGAGCUUCUUGCUUGUGAAGGCGAUAGGGUAUUUGCCAGGUGGAGCCUCGGGGUGAGUGGACGAGUCCUUGAUGGGGGGGGUCUCGGCGGUGACGCGGGGGAAAUGUUGGGACAGUACGGCUCCGAUGGCGAAGUCGGAGGCGUCAGUGGUGACAUAGAAAUGGCGAGUGGGGUCGGCGAUCUUGAGGACGGGGGCCGUGGUGAUGGUUUGCUUGACGGAGACAAUAUGGCCGAGGUAUUCGACGCUCGAAGUGGCAAACGUACAUUUGCUGAGCUUGGCGUAGAAUUUCUGCUCUCGGAGGAUCGCGAGGACUUGGCGGAGGUGCUGAAGGUGGGACUCGAAGGUGGGGCUGAAGACAAGGAUAUCAUCAAGGUAGACAACGACACAGACUUCGAGGAGGUUGCGGAAGAUGUGGUUCAUGGUGGAUUGGAAGGUAGCGGGGGCAUUGGCGGUGUGCUGAUUGCGCCGGAUGAGGGAGGAGGUGGAGGGAACGGAACGAUGGUGGGGAUUGAGGGGUUGGUGGAUAUGGCGGUAGAGGUGGUAGGAGUGGAGGAGGUCCGCGGGGGGGUGUUGCUAGAGGUGGCUGUGGAGGAGGGAGUGGUUUGCGCUGUGGGGGUUGGAGUGGUUUGCACUGUGGGGGCUGGAGUGGUUUGCGCGGCGGUGACGACCGCGAUGGAGGGGGUGGUCCCUUCGAGCGUGGUGACGCGGUCGCAUAUGGACGACAUGUUGGCCUUCAUGUCGUCGAGAGAGGCGGUGACGGAGGUUCGGAGGGUGUUGAGUGCGUGGAGGAUGGCGAAGAGGUCGAGGGUGGCGGUGUUUGUUGGUGGUUGUUCGCCUGCGAGGUUGCGGGCGAUGCUAUCAACUGAGUCGGUGCGGAUGUCAGACAUGUUGAUGGAGGAUGCGGCCAUGUCAGGGGAAGAGGGGGUCGAGGACGUGGCCUGAACGGGUGUGGAGGAUGCCGCAGCAGCGGUGGCGGCAUGUUGGGAGUUCUUGGUUUGGCGUGGUGGCAUGUGGAGGGUGGGGGCGGAAUCCCUUAUUUAUUUAUUAAUAAAUUCAAAAAUAAAGA